CGUGCCUGAUUAACGGUCCGUGAUUUAUUUUCGCAUUAAGAAGCUAUUUAUGACUUGUGUGGAUCGUAAGAUUGGACCGGAGAUAUAAUUAGAAUCCUUUACGACACUAUGCCGAUUUUUGGCGGAACAGAAAAGUCCUGAAAAUCCUUCUUAAACUACCCCAAACAACAUCAACGAGAAAAGCUAUCCCCCAACGAGAGUAACCAAUUCCAAGCACUUCCCUUGUCUCUUCACUCUUCUUCUCCUCUUCAAACUACGGAACAUGUUCUGCUGUUCUUCCUCCUUCAACUUGCUCUCAGUUCUCCUCUUCUUCCUAUCAAUUCUCUCCAUAAAUGGCCUCCAAACCAAGAACCAGCCUCUCCAACCGGACCGGAUGGUCCCCUCGGAGGCGGAGACGUUGUUCAAGAUCAUGGACUCAAUGUCGUCCGACCAGAACUGGCGGUCUUCCCACCCGAACCCGUGCAGCCCGUCGUCCUCGUGGUUCGGGAUAGAGUGCAAGCCAGGGCCCGACGGAUUCCUGCACGUCUCCCGUCUCGACUUUGGGACGGCCCCAAACCCGACCUGCCGGCCCACCGCGACCUUCCCUUACCUCGUCUUCUCCCUCCCUUACAUCCAAUCAGCCUUCUUCUUCAACUGCUUCACUCACACGAGGACUUCCCUCUCUGUCUCCUCCUUCAGGCUCGUGAACUCCUCCCUCCAGCAGCUCAGCCUCAGGGCGAACCCGGCCCUCGUGGGCCCCAUCCCGCCGCAGAUAUCCUUCCUCAGGUUCCUCGAAGUCCUCACCCUGUCGCAGAACGGCCUCUCUGGCCUCAUCCCGCAGCAGCUCUUCACCCUCACCUCGUUAAUUCACCUCGACCUGAGCUACAACAAGCUCACUGGCUUCAUCCCUAACCAAGUCGGGAGCCUCCGGAGCCUCGUCGGCCUCGACCUCAGCUAUAACUCCCUCUCAGGCCCAAUCCCGAGUGCGAUCGGCCAGCUAGGUAAACUUCAAAAACUCGACUUAAGCUCGAACUUGAUCUUCGGUAUCAUCCCGAGCAGCAUUGAGAGGCUCAGCUCCCUGGUCUUCAUUGCAUUGAGCAGCAACCGGCUGACCGGGAAGCUCCCGAUCGGGAUUGUAAAGCUGCAGACCUUACAGUACUUCAUAAUGGAGAACAACCCGAUGCACAUUUCCCUCCCUUCGGAGUUCGGCCUACUUGCGAAGCUGCAGGAGUUAAGGCUCGCGAACUGCGGAUUCACAGGGACUAUCCCACCGAGCUUCACGCAGCUUGCGAACCUGAGCACUCUGUCCCUCCAGAACAACCUGCUGGUCGGGGAGAUCCCUGCCGGGUUCGGUGCACUGUCCCACAUUUACCACCUGAACCUCAGCCGGAACCAAUUGAGUGGAAUCGUCCCCUUCAACUCAAGCUUCCUCCGGAGGCUUGGCAAGAACUUGGACCUGAGCCAGAACUCGGCCCUCUGCCUUAGCCCGGGCGAGGCCUACAGCGUCAAGGUUGGCGUCAGCGUGUGCCGGACGGGCAGGAACGGAUCGCUGAUUGUACCGUUGAAGAGCUGCCAAGCUGGCCAUAGGCUCCACAGUUCAUUACAUCUGCUUCCUCCAUUGUUGCUUCUCAGCCAUUUGAGCUCCAUGAUCAUCAUGUUCUUUGUCUUUCUUUAGUUUAAUCUAAUUUCUUGCUUUUUUUUAAAAAAAAAUCUAAUUCUUUAAAAUGAUUAUUAUAUGAUUAUUAGUAAUCAUGAAUGUUAUGAUGAUAUAGGGCAAAGAGUGUCUCGUUUCAUAGAGGAAUUUCAGGGCCUAGUGACAAUAUAAUGCCAAUUGCUACUACUUAUCAUUACCCUAUAAAUCUCCAAUUAUACGUCUUAAUUUUUUAAA